CACUCUCUGCAAUUUUUCUGUUUAGUCAAUUUUCAUGUUAGAGUUGGUUCAUAUAUGUGUCAUUAUUGGUUUGUGUGAUUCAUUUGGACCCCAACGUCUCUUCCCAUCUCUACAUGAUUUGGUAUUAGAUGCUCUCUGCUUAUCAUAUAUGAGAUUUUGCUGCUUAGUAAAUUUGCAUGUUGGAUCCAGUGUUGUUGUUGACUUAUAUAUGUUUGUUGUUGGUAGGUUUGAUUCAUUUUGAGACACCUUUCCCAACAUCCUGUCACAUGUUCUUAGGGUUCAGUGUUAGAUGUUUUUCGCACAUCAGAUCUGGAAUCUUCUAGUGUUUAGUGUUGAGUUAUAUUAAUUUAGGAUUUUUUUGGCUCAUUCGGCGACACCUUUCACAAUGUCUUUUACCAUGCCUUUAGUGUUCAUUUGUUCUCUACAUAUUUAAGAUAUGGAAUUUUAUGCUUAGUACAUUCGCAUGUUGGUGUUGGUUUGUAUAUGUUCAUUGUUGAUUUGUUUGGAUAAUUAUGAGCCCAACGGCUGAAAAUUUGGUUUGUAUUUAAGGUUUAGUGUUGGAUAUUCUCUAUUAGAUCUGAAAAUUUUGCUACUUUGUAAAUUUGCAUGUUGAUGCUGGUAUUGGUGUUAGAUUAUGUAUGUUCAAUACUAGUUUGUUUGGUUCAUUUUGAGACAUCUUUCACAACGUCCUUUCACAUGUUUUUAGGGUUCGGUGUUAGAUGUUCUUUGCAUAUCGGAUCUGAAAUUUUCUAAGAUUUAGUGUUGACUUAUAUUAGUUUAGGAUUCAUUUGAAUCAUUUUGAGACACCUUUUCCAACACCUUUUCCCGUAUUUAGGGUUCACUGUCAGAUUCUCACUACAUAUAUUAGAUCUGAAAUUUUCCUCCUCACUAAAAUUGCAUAUUGAUGUUGGUUUGUAUAUGUUAAUUGUUAGUUUACUUGGUUCAUUUUGAGCCUAACGUCUCUUUCCCAUUCUUUAGGAUUUAAUGCUACAUAUAUGUACUCUGCUUAUCACAUCUGAAAUUUUGUUGAUUGGUAAAUUUGCAUAUUGGUGUUUAUGUUGGCUUAUAUAUGUUCAUUGUUGGUUUGUUUGGUUCAUUGGACACGUCUUUCCGACAUCCUUUCAUAUGUCUUUAGGGUCGGUGUUAGAUGUUAUCUACAUAUCAUAUUUAAAAUUUUCUAGGUGUAGUGUUGGCUUGUGCUAGUUUAGUAUUUGUUUGGAUAAUUCGAACACACCUUUCCGAAUGUAUUUUUUCUAAUUUGUGGGAUUCAAUGUCAGAUAUUAGCAUAGAGUUUAGUUUUGUCAUGUGUUCAUGAUUGGUCAACAUAGGUAGAAUACUGAGCAAUAAAAGACAAUGUUAUUUUGUGUUUAUGAACCCUUUAUAGUUUGGUAUGAACAAUAAUAUAAAUCCCUUAGAGAGGACUAUGAAUUUAAAAAUCUUUUGAUAUUUUAUUUUAGAACUUCUUAGGGUGUUUCUCGUCAAUCGACAUCCGUCCCAUUUUCAUUAUAUAGAUAGGGGCAAGAUUAGGAAGGUUGCAUGUUAUGAAUGUUGAAAUCAUGAUUUUAAGGUCUAAAAUUUAGCACCACAACCACUACAACUUGUUGAAAAUUCAUAUGACCUAACAAAGAUAUUUAGAAAUAGGGUUUCCCUUUUCCUACUAUUAAGCUUUGGGCUUGUGUUAUAGACUUUCCAACCAUAUUUUUUUCUUCUUUUCUUUUGUUUCUUUUCCUGAGUUUUUUCUCUCUCAACUUCAUCAUCUCGUUGAAGAAAAUAUCGAUAACACUUGCAACGUUAACAAACGAAAAAGGUUAAAAAGUCAUAUGAUGCUUGGAUUAGAUCAUGCAUAAUGUGAGUACUUAAUUAAUUAACUGUAGUUUAAAAUAUUUGAGUAAGUUUACAUUAAUACAUGUUGUGUCGUCUUAAUUACUUCGUCCGAAAUAUUUAUGAAUGAAUAGUCUUUAUUGAUUAACUUUUUUGUCCCAUUGGUUAUUCUUAGUUCCUUCAGCCGAGCAUAUAUCCGAUGGAGAACUAUGAUUUGCUUAAUCAAAACAUGAAUCAGACAGAGAACUCUCCUAAACCACCAGAAGUGGAACACAUCCAUAGAGAAGAUAUUAAUCAGGACAUAAAUCCAACAAAGGAUUCCUCCACCAUCCCAGAAUUAGAGCACAACUAUGUCGAUGAUGCAGCCAUUGAUCUUAGAAAUGAAAAUAUAGUUAAUCAAGACAUGGGUCAAACAAAGAAGUCACUGGAAACACCAGAACUAGAGCACAACUAUAAAGAAGAGGUAGCCACCCCAUCCAAGAACCUAAAACAACUUGUCAAGAUUAAUCAAGACAUGGAUCAAACAAAGAAUUCAUUGGAUAUACCAAGAAAGCAGCACAAGUAUAAAAAAGAUGCAGCCACCCAACCCAGAAACCAUAAACAACAAUUGAAGGUUAAGACCCGUCAGGUGAUGAUCGAGCAUGCUAAAUCAUACAUAAUGCGAUUUCUUUAUACAGAGAACCCAAAUCAGACAAAGAACCCUGCUGUUUUGCUCCAUCAGAACACAAAUCAGAAGGAGAACUCUUCUAAACUACCAAAAGUGGAGCACAACCAUGCAGAAGAUCUGAUUAAGCAGGACACAGAUCAGACAAAGGAUUCAUCUGCCAUUCCAAAACUGGAGCUCAACCAUGUAGAAGCUGUAGCCACUGAUCCAAGAAGUGCAAAUAUAGUGGAUCUCACUGCUGAUUCACCUAAGCAGACCAAUCAAAACACAGCUCAGGCAGAGGAUUCCUCUGCCAUACCAGCAGUGGAGCACAACUAUAGAGAAGCUGUAAAAGCCCUACCCAAGAAUCUUCAUAACCAUUUCAAGAAGCUCAAAGAAGAGUUUAAGGAAGCAUGGUUGUUGAAGUCAUCAGGGGGAAAUGUAAUUGCAGCAGAAUCCAUCGCCUGCAGUCUACCAGAGGGAUCUUCCAAUGACAACAUGCCUCAUCGGAUCGGGAAAAGGGAGCAGAAACAAGCUGCUGCUGUAUCGCCUGGAGAGAAAAGGAAGAAGAAACAACCUGCUAUACUUUGUGGAGACUACACAAUGUCUUUAGGCCUUCCUGAAGAGUUCAUGGCUAACCUGCAAGAUUUUGAAAAGUGGCUGCUGAAUCAAGAGGUAGACGAGGAGUUGAUCGACCGUAUACAUCCAAUUCAAAUGCCUAUGGCUAGAAGAGUAGAAGGCUGGAUUAUGGAGCUCAAGAAACGAGUGAACAGUAAACUUUUUGAUUCGUAUUUUCGCCACGAGGAAUCAGGCUUGAAAUUUCGCUCGGCGCCUGAAGUGUCAAAGUACCUGCUGUACAAUGCUGGUCCUAAGCUAAACAAUGAUGGCAGCAGCAGCCUCCCGAAGAAGAGGGGGAGGCCGUCAAUCGAUCAUACUCCCGAACCCAAUCCCAAGAAGCAAAAGAUAACAAUGGCUGAAGAAAAGGAAGUGCAGGUGGGCACAUCCAACAAUCUGCAGAAUGUUGCUGCUGCUGCUGAUGGAAAUGGGUAUGACAGUGAAGCAACCAUUUCUGAUAACUGAGUUGCUUUCUGAGAGUUUCAAAAACUAUGGUUUGUCAUGUUUUCGAGAGACGAGCGUUUCGUCGUUGGACUACAGUUGUGAGGAGUUGGAACAAGUUUAUUUUCGAAGAGACAAGGGUUGGUAAGAUUGAGUCAAGUUAGUGGUCAUGAACGCUAUAGCGUUUGGUUCGUCGUUGGAUUACAGUUAUGUGGAGUUUGAACAAGUUGUUUGGUUAACUCUUUUUUCAGACAGCUAAAUCGUUGUUGUCCCAAUUCUGGUGUCUGUGUUUGAAGGUUUCAAUACUGUGCUUAAGACUUUUGUGCAGGAUCCAAACUCCAUAUCCACUGCCCAUGCCCCAAUAUCUUUAUCAACCCACCAAAAUGUUCCCUCCAGCCUACAAAACCCAUUAACCCAAAACAGUCCUAGCGCAUUCCUUCCUUCAGCCCAUCUGAUCGUUCAGAAUGAUAAAAUACAGCAACUGGGAGAGAUUCAUGAAUGCUGCUACAGUUGCAGACGAAAAUGAGGGUUGAGAAGUCAAACUUUCCCAUUUGGGUUGAAGAUUGGAUCGAGUUUGUGACUUAUUUAUGAUGAAACUAGCAAGUUGGAGUUUGGAUAUUGGUCCACAGCUAGGAUGCAACUUCCCCACACCUCGAUCAGCAGCCAUGCCCAUGAUGAAUUCAAUCCCCCAACUAGCUAGCUGACAUAUAUCUCUUUAUCUUUAUGACUUUACAUAUUCCUUUUGCUUCUCCAGUGGGGUUUUUAAAUGAAGAUUUCCUUGGUUUUUAGGUUUAUUUAUGCUCCCAUUUAGAUAAUGGUCUUCAAGUUUGUGGUAUGUUUACUGGCUAGGAAUUUCAACUAUGAAUAGCGGCGGAGCUACGUAGGUAUAAUUUAGAGAGAAUUUGGAUUUGGUUUGAUACAACAACAUGUAGUUACAUAUAUGUUGAACAAAUAUUGGAUAGUGAUAGCGUGGUGGGCGGGGCCGACAUUAGCAUCUCUCGUUCAAGACCUAAUUAUGUUCGGAUGACGUAUUUGCGAAUUAUUUAUUAUUCCUUUUUAGUUCAUAAUCACUCUUAAUUCUAAAUUUGUCGUCGUUGGUGAAUGCUAAAGUAGAAAUUUAGAAAUGAAAUCAGAUUCGAUUC